UCGCGCGCGACUUUGGUUGGCUUUCUGACGCCAUGACGGCCCCGUCUUACGCCUACGAGCCUCUGAAGCAGGAGGACGCGUCGGCUUCGCAGCCUGCACCCUCCAAGGCGCGUCGCCGCCUCGGGGCCUUUGCAGCGCUCUUUCUUGGCACGAUCGCACUAUCAGCUCUCGUGUUCCGACCUGCGGGGAAGCUCGAGGACCUCAUCUUGCACGACGCAAGCGAUGAUCUACUUCCCCUUGCGCAAUGCGCAGCCCCCUCCGUGUCUUCUGCGAAGCCCCCCGCGCCGAUCAAUCCUUGGGCGUCUCUGACGGUUGAGGAGACAUCUAGCAUUCAAAGAUGGCUCGAGGCGCCCGAGCGCGGCCUCAACCUCACGCGCGCGCACGGCUCCUCCAUGUCCGACAAUGUGAUCUUUCUCAUCGAGCGCCACUACCCCUCCAAGGCCGAUGCGCUAGCCUACCUUGACGAUCCUGUCCCUGCAAAGGAGCCUGUGAAGUAUGCACGGGUCUCGAUCCACCAUGGCACCAUCCCCGCCGUCAAGAUUUACCUCCUUGGUCCCCUUCCCAUCGGCGAAGAGACGUCGAUGCGGGAGCUGACGGAGAUCUACCAUCGCCCGGACGUACCAUUCAAUGCUCGCGGGUACUUGACUGGGAACGAGCUGCCUGAGCUGCUGGGCCGCAUCACCCCUCCUCUUGCGGAUGCGAUGCUGGAACUCUUCAAUGGUACCGCAAAUGGGUCGCCGAACGACACUCUCGUCGCAUCUGGUAGUGGUCCAUUCAGCUUUGACGGCGAGUUCCGUCGCAUGUGGAUCUCAUGGCGCCGCAACGCUGCCGGCCCCUGGCUUCACCCGAUCGGGUUCUGGCAGUACGUCGACAUGUCCGGCACCGACCCCGAGCAGUGGAAGAUCCUGAAGGUUGUCUACAACAAGCAAGUCUUCGACUCCGUCACCGACUUCAACGAGGCCCUCCGCAACGGCACCCUCGUCCGCGCCCACCACGACUCCUCCGCCGACGUCUCCUGGGCGACGCGCAAGCCCACCGGCGCCGUGCGCGACCUCGAGCAUCUGCCCGGCCCGCGCUCCGUGUCCUUCGCUGGCCUGCGCUUCCGCGUCGACGAGCGGACGCAGUACGUGACGUGGAUGGGCUGGAGCAUGUACCUCGGCUUCGACCGCGAUAUGGGGCUCAAUUUCUGGGAUAUCAGGAUCAAGGGCGAGCGCAUCAUCUACGAGCUGUCCCCGCAGGAGGCGAUUGCGCAGUAUUCCGGCAACGACCCCCUCCAGGCCAGCACGGCCUGGCUCGACCGCCACUUUGGCAUGGGCCGUUCCGUCCGCGACAUGCUACCCGGCUACGACUGUCCUCAUGAGGCUGUCUAUCUGCCUGCGACCACGCACUCGGGUGUCGGCAGCGUCCACGUCCCGCGCGCAAUCUGCAUCUUCGAGCAGGACUCGGGCAAGCCGAUCACGCGGCACACGGGCUAUGCGGAGGGCGAGUUCGGCGCGGUGAAGGGGUACACGCUGACCAUCCGGAGUAUCAGCACGGUUGGGAACUACGACUAUCUGUUCGACUACGUCUUCCACCUGGACGGCACUAUGGAGGUCAGGCUUUCCGCUUCCGGCUACCUCCAGGGCGGCUACUGGGAGCCGACGCAGAACGGCUACGGCGGGCGCAUUCGUGACACGAGCAUGGGCAACCUCCACGACCACGUCAUCAACUACAAGGUCGACUUCGACAUCGCCGGCCUCGAGAACACCGCCAUGAACACGACCGUCAGCCAGGAGGUCCGCUACGAGCCCUGGUUCAGUGACGACUGGGGCGCGGACCACACGCAGGGCGUCAUCACCAAGACGCCCAUCAAGAACGAGGAUGAGGCGCUCCUGAAGUGGCCGAAUAACUUUCAGGGCGGGUUCUCGGUGGUGAACAUGGAGAAGAAGAACCGGUGGGACGUGCCGAGGGGGUAUGCGGUGCACCCGGGGCUCUCGCCGAUUCAUAACAGCGUCGUCGGCUCGCGCCGCAUGCUGAACAACGCGAACUGGGCGCGGUACAACAUGGCGUUCUCGAAGCGCAAGGAGACGGAGCCGUCGUCGAGCAGCGCGUGGAACAUGAACCUGCCGGGCGCGCCCAUGGUCGACUUUCACAAGUUCUUCGACGGGGAGAACAUCGAGCAGGAGGAUAUCGUGGCAUGGAUCAACGUCGGGAUGCACCAUUUGCCUCAAGCAGAGGACUCCCCGAACACGAAGACGAACGUGGCGACCACCGGCUUCAUCCUCACCCCGCUCAACUACUUCGACUCCGACAUCUCGAUGGACAUGUCCAACGCGAUCGUCCUCACCGCGCCCGCCAACCCCGGCGACCCCUUCGCCUUCGACGACUACGGCGUCGACCUGGGCUACACCUGCGUGCCCGCCGCACCGGCGCCCUUCGAAUACAAGCUGGGCACGACGUAUGACUGGGAGGGGCGUGCGGUGCCGUAUGAUAGCAUCGAGGAGUUUAGGAAGGAUGCGGAGGGUUACCAUCGGAUUAAGGUCGAGCUGUAGAUAGUGUAAAGGGGAUCUUGUUUGUGGCAAGGGUGGAAUGUACAUAUGUACGAUAGACGUUGACUUAAGUGGAUGGAAUAGACAUGUUUUCUUGUA